UAAUUAAAGUAAAUUAAAAUGAAGAUAAUGAGAGAAUACCCUUUUCCCAGCUGACAUUGAGCUCUUCUUCCCAACGGCGCCGAAGCUGUUCGAGUUCAGGCGCAAUCGGAAAACUAGUUAUACCUUUAGAUUGCUGCUCGGGUCUUUUGAAGUAAGCCAUGAGUUGCUUACAGAUAACUGCCAGCCGUUUAAUCUGUUCACCUUCUGCAUCCCCAGUGCCAAGUUCUCAAUUGAAUAAGGCAUUUACAACCCCCUCGAUUUACCUGAGAACAAAAGCAAAAACUCCUAAGCUCCCCCUGAACCUGACCUCUGCCACAUCUCGAUAUCAACGAGCUACAACUGUGUGUUUAUUUGGCGGCAAAGGGAAGCCAGAUAAUGGUAACGAGGGUUCUCCAUGGAAAGCUAUUGAGAAUGCCGUGGGCAAUUUGAAAAAGGAGCCCUCAGUUGAGGAGUUACUGAGGCAGCAGAUUCAGAAAAAUGAAUUCUAUGAUGACGGAGGUAGCAGUGGGAAACCUCCUGGCGGGGGUGAUGGUGGUGGUGGUUUUGGUGGUGGUUUUGGUGGUUUUGGCGAAGCUGAAGAUGGUGGACUUGCCGGAAUGUGGGAUGAGUUCAGCCAAGUGAUUCUGGCAACUAUGGGCUUCAUAUUUCUGUAUAUUUACAUCAUUGAAGGGGAAGAGAUUACCGUACUGGCAAAAGACUUGCUCCGGUUUCUCUUCAAACGGCAAAUGAGUAUCCGUCUAAGGCGUCUAGUUGAAGAGUGGCAGGAUUUCUUCCAGAGCAUGAAAGACAAGCCAGCUUACGAUCCGUAUUGGCUGGAACGCGAAAUUCUAAGUACCACAACAUGGUAUGACCACCCUGCCAAGUAUGUGUACAUGGCCAACACUCUCAUUCAACGCGAGUCGACAUCUGAUGAACGUGAGUCACAGUUCGAUCAACUUGAACCAGCAUCUGAUCAACCUGAGUCGAAAUUCGAUGACUACGAAGAUGAUGAACAAUACUAGAUAUUUGUUAUUUUUUUUCCAUAUAUGGCUGGCUAGCUUCUCAACUGCCAUGGCUAGGAUAUUUGUACUUUUGUUCCUUUUUCAGACAUUUUAACGUGUAUUGGAAUAGAGAGUUAAGUUUGUGUUUGUGAAUUAA